CGGCACACGGAAGGAAAGGCUGGAGCCGCACAGCAGUCGGCGCUGCGGUGGAGGGGGCCUUGGUAACCCAACACAGCUGGAACAAGCAACCUCAAGACCACAUUGCAGGUGCUGACAGCUGAGAGGUGCCUUUUCCAUCUGCUUCAGCCCUACACCAAGGCAUCAAAGCUACGGUGCUGGUGGAUUAUGACUGCAGGGGAGCUGCGUUGCAUCUGCAAAUCUCCUUUGUACAUCAAGGGCACUUCUGAGCAGAUGCUGCACUGCAGUGCACCCCAUAGUGGAGGGCUCACCCGGACGUCCUGAGCGAGGGGGGGGUCCAGCUCCCACCCCCUGUUCUCGCACUGUGACCUGUGGCACUUUACGGUCCCUCUUCUGCUGCUGCAUGGGCUGUUCUGACUCCGGCUCCACUCGAAGUCCAGACAAGUAAGGCUCCAUGCGGCACAUCCACGCAGAGACAUCCCUGCCCCUGGAGCACAGCACGGACCCUAGCCUGUCCCAGCCCAGUGGAGAGGCGCCCUUGGAGCCUUCCUCGCAGCGCUGCACUCACCACGGCAUCCUCAUGGGCUACAACGAGACAGAGAUCAAGGUUUACCAGGUGUCCAUCUUCUCCCAUCUCUCCAGCUCCUCUGAGAGCACGGAGCAGCAGGCAGGCAGGCAGCCAGCCAUCAAGAGGGGUUACCCCGAGCAGCGAACUCCGGAGGGGGGGCGAGAUCCCAAACAAACUCACUGGGGUGGCAGGGGGGUGGACAGCAAGUGUGACAGGGGGCCUGGGCAGGCUACCCUGGAUGAUGACAAUACCUUUGAGGACAGUCUGCUGGUGGAAGAACUAUCCCUGUGCGGCUCUGCCCAGCACUUCUCCCACAGCGGCCUGCGGGUGGUGGAGCAUCGGUGUGAGGGCAGCCCUAGCCACAGCCCCAAGGCCAGCAGAGAGGACAAGUCGCAGGAUGUCUCCUCCUCCUGGCACAUUGCUUGCAGUACUUUGCACACAAGAGACAGUUGCCCUGUCCCACUGGGGGAUCAGCCCACAGACUACAGGGAUAACAGGGAACAGGCAAGUGGCUACAACCUACUUUACCUUGAUUUGCACAAUAUUGCACAAACUCCCCAGUUGGACUCUGGUGGGAAGAGAGAGAAGCCAGGGAGCAGUCUGGCUCACAGCAGCAGGGCUAGUGGAGAAGAGGAAUGGCCAGUGGUGGCCAACGGGUGCAAGGAGCCCCCAGCUCCACAGAUAGCGCUCAGCCCCGAGCCCAGCAACCUGAGCUCCCUGGAGAAGAAGCCAUGGGGGAGCAGCUGGCUCGGUGGCAGCAGCUGCCCAGCCAAAAGGAAGCUGAUGCCUGCUGGCAAGGUUGUGGCUGACUCCUGCUCUGAGGACGAGACCCUGUCCCCACCAGUGAGGAAGAAGAGGGCCCUGCCAUGCCAUCCAGUGCCCACAGCCUGCCGCAGCACCGAUGCUAAGGGGGCACCUUUCUGGAAUCACCUGCUUCCCACAGCCAAGAGCUCUGCGUAUUGCACUGCAGUUGGGAGGAGGCUGAAGAGCAGGCUGCACCUCAAAUCGCAACAUCUCUGGAGCAGCCUCCGGAGGGGUACCAGGUCCUCCACAGCACCCUGGGCCACCACCACCAUCAGCCAUGUUCUGCUGGGCAACUUUGAGGAGUCCGUCCUGAAAGGGCGCUUUGCGCCGUCGGGGAGGAUCGAGGGGUUCACGGCAGAGAUCGGUGCCAGUGGCUCCUACUGCCCCCAGCACGCCACCCUGCCCGUUGAUGUCACCUACUUCGACAUCUCCGAACAUAGCGCGCCCUCGCCUUUCCUGGGAGUGAUUGACUUGGAGGCCUUGGGAAAGAAGGGUUACAGUGUCCCCAAAGCUGGAACCAUCCAAGUGACCUUAUUUAACCCCAACAAGACUGUGGUGAAGAUGUUCUUGGUGACGUACGACUUCCAGGACAUGCCAGCCAACCACAUGACCUUCCUACGCCACCGCAUCUUCCUGGUGCCCAUGGGGGAGGAGGAAAAGGCCACUGUGGCCCCCAGCAACCCACCGGGCACUGGCCCACCCCGCGGGGUCCUCUGCUACUUGAUGCACCUAAGGUUUCACAGCUCCAAGUCGGGGAAGAUCUACCUUCACAACGACAUCCGGCUGCUUUUCUCCCGCAAGUCAAUCGAGGUCGACUCGGGGAUCUCCUAUGAACUGAAAUCCUUUACGGAGAUACCGAGGAACCCCUGCUACUCGCCCCGAGCCUGACCUUCUCCAUCCCUCAGGGCCACCAGGGAGCCUCCAGCCCAGCACCUGGGGGAGAGAUGAGUAAAGGGCCAGCAAGCAAGCACCACCUUGAAGUAUCACCCUCCUUGUGUGCCCCCGUCCUCCUGAGCAGCACAGAUGCCAUGCCCAUGCCCGUGCCCUGUGGCAGGGCUGAGAUCACCGAGGGGGCUUCACCAAGAGGGACAGGGGCUGGGGAGCAGCCCCAGUGCUCCAAGGACAUGCCCAAGCCUUCUGCCAGCACUGUUCCCAGCUCAGAGAUGUGGCUGGAGCUGGGGGGGAGUGAAGAAUUGGGCUGGGGGCUCUGGGCAAGGCUGCCCACACCAGUCCCAGGGUUGAGAGCAGAACGUGUGGAAGAAUUUGUAUUUAUUAGUAUUUAUUGUCGCUGGGAGUGCAGAGGAGGCUUGUGCAGAGGAUCGGAGGUGCUGUGUUGUUCUUCCCCCCUCCUCUUGGUGCUGGAUGAGGCCCCUGGCAGCAGGGAGGCUGUGCUCAGCAGUGUGGGGCUGUCCGGGUUGCGACAGGGCUGUAGGGGCUGUGAGGGUGACCAGGGACGGGGACACUUUGGGCUGUGGAAGGAGAGGGUGACCCACCUCUUGGCUGGGGUGCAGCUCCCAUGCCGGGGCUGUGUUAAAAGCCCUGGGAGAGGCUGAGACUUGCUGGGCACCAGCUCUGUAGGGCCAGCCCCACUUCAGGCAGCUUGGAGAGGCCUGGACUUGCCCUCCCACCCCUUCAGGGCAAGCCAGACCCCAAGAAAUCUGUGGCUGGCAGGGAACUGGCUGUUGCCAUGGCUCCUGGGGCUAAGAGACGUGGCUGUCCCAUGGAUGGGGACUUGGGGGUCUCUGCAGGAGCACAGGGACAGCCCUCCCGGCAGGAGCCUCCAGAGCCCAUGCAUGCUGUGAAUCUGAGAGAAGGUGAAGAUUGCCAAAAAAUCAGGGCCUUGCACUGUCUGUGUGUGUGUGUGGUGAAUCCCAUCCAGGAGAUGGCUUUGGGCAGGGGUCUGCUGGCAGCAUGAUCAGGUGCUGGAGGAUGGGCAGGAGCCCUGGCCUAGUCCCUGGGAAGAGGGGAAGCAGCAGAGGGCAUCAAAUGGAGGUCAGGCUGGACCUUCAGGCGGGUGUUUGGGGGUGAUCUGGAACAGUACCCGCCCCUGCUGUAGCCUCAGGAGCCCCAGGUGGGUCAGAGAAGUGAGAGGGGCAGGGGACAAAGGAAAAAUGAGCUUGCAUGUACCCCAUCUGUGUAAUCCCCAUGACCUGGGGCCUCUGCUAGGCUCAUGCAGGGAGGACUGCCAGGCUGCAACCUUGCUGGGGUGGGCAUGACCCUGGAACCAGGGGCUCCCUGGGACAGCCGUCAUUUUAACCAAAGUCCACCCCGUGUUCUCCCCAGAACUCCAGCUGGCAGAGCUGGGGCAUGAGAAUGGGACAGGACAGGC